AUGUACUCUUCAAAUAUGAAUGAUGAUAAAGACAAUAUGAUAACGGUAUUAUUAAUUGGAAGCACAGGAAGUGGAAAAUCAACUUUAGCAAAUGUAAUCAGCGGUUCUGAUGAUUAUGAUGAAAGCCAUUGUUCAGCUUGUUUGACCAAAGACAUCAAUGUUCAUAAUUAUCUAAUUGAUGGGAAUGUAUACAGAAUAAUUGAUACUAUAAGAAUUGGACAUACAAGAAUUCCAUCAAAAGAAGUAGUAAGCAAAAUGGUUAUGGCUGCUGAAGCCAUAAAUCAAGUUUUUUUUGUCGUAGGUGGAAGAUUUACUGAUCUGGAAAUUGAAUGUUUUGAAAUAUUGCAAUCAACCGCUUUUGAUAAAAAUAUUUUUGAGUAUACUACUAUUGUCAGGACAAAUUUUUCUGAUUUUGAAGACGAUACCAAAUGUGAAAAGGAUUACCAAGAUAUGACUUCUGGAAAUAAUGACAUUUCUGAAUUUGUUAAAUCAUGUAAAAAGGUCAUUCAUGUAGAUAAUCCACCAAUAUCACGUCGUAUUAGACAAGGUGCAGAAGAGACGAGAAGAAUCAAGAAAAAAAAAUAUUAG